AUGAGUUCACCACCAGCUUCAGCACCUGCCAACAUGUCCGCCUUCCCUGUCGCUUCUUCCUCGCGUUCGAAUGGUCAUCCUCCAUUACAUCCUUACCCAGCACAGGAAACCGAGAUAGAUGUGAUACCUACCAGGGCGGGGAGAAAAUUAUGCGUCAGGCAUAAACAGAUGGCUAAUCAGAAUGUGAAUGAGAAGUUACAACGAUCUCUCGAUAAUCUGAGUCAAUCUGAAAGAGCAGCGAUAACCUCCAUGUGGUCAACAUUCUCCAAUGCACCGCAUGGGAAAAGAAAGCUGAUUUUGGAAGGUAUUCUCACAAUGUGUUGUUUCUCCCAAUUAUCUCAUCUUUCCGACUCACUCAACCAAAUCAUUCGUAUCGACCCAUUUUCCCUUUUACCUCGAGAGACCUCACUUCGUAUUCUUGGAUAUCUUGAUGCCUUUUCUCUUGGUCGAGCGGCGCAAGUCAGUAAAUCAUGGAAAGCAUUGGCGGAUGAUGAUUUGUUAUGGAGGAGGAUGUGUGGACAACAUAUCGAUAGGAAAUGCGAGAAGUGUGGAUGGGGAUUACCAUUGUUAGAGAGAAAAAGGUUGAGAGUAGAAUUGAAAGAUAGAAGUCCAGCUACCUUGAUCAAUCACGAUCAUAACCAUGACCAUCACGACGACCAUGAUCAUUUGGGAGUAGGACCAUCAACGUCGAAGGUCAUCACUAGAAAUGAUGUUUUAUCGGGAUCCAUUCAUGCCAACAUUUCCCCGACAGAAGCUUUCAGCGUAGGAGGAGAGAUUGGUUUGAAAUCUUGUGAUAUGCCAGCAAUGUAUCAACAACCCGUGUCGUUAAAACGAAGUGCACCUUCAACACCAGAAUCGUUACCUUCGAAGAAGAGUAAAGUGAAAGAUAGUGAUACAGAAGAAGAAUUGCUUCAAUCAGCCUCAGCAUCUACCAAUGGUCAUUUGACGAGAGACGUCAGGUUGACAAGACCUUGGAAAACCGUUUAUUGCGAGAGAUUGAUGGUGGAAAGGAAUUGGAGAAAGGGAAGAUUUAACCAUAGGUUGUUAAGAGGUCAUACCGAUGGAGUAAUGUGUCUUCAAUAUCACACUGCUCUCACCAACCCUUCUUACCCCGUUCUCAUCACUGGUUCCUAUGACCGCACGGUCAGAGUGUGGAACCUGGACUCAGGUGAAGAAGUACGAGUUCUCACCGGUCAUACCCGAGCCGUUCGAGCCCUUCAAUUCGACCAAAUGCUACUAUUCACCGGUGCCAUGGACGGAACCGUUCGAAUGUGGAAUUGGCGAGCUGGAGAAUGUCUUAGAGUGAUGGACGGCCAUACCGACGGAGUUAUCUCAUUGAAUUAUAAUGGUUAUCUCUUAGCUUCCGGAUCAGCCGAUUCGACUAUCCAGGUAUGGAAUUUCCGAUCCGGUAACAAAUUCGUACUUCGUGGUCACGAAGAAUGGGUCAACAGUGUAGUCUUAUGGGAUGGUAAAUCAUCUCCUUCAGAUAUCGAUCCAACCUUACCACCAAGUUUCACUCAAGCUGUUUCUUCCAGAUGCUCCAAAGCCAAAUCACCCGGUGUCGGUUCAAGUGAUGCGCCUCAACCCGAUAUAGAUGUAGGAGCAAUGCUGUUCUCAGCUUCUGAUGAUGGGACGAUCAAACUAUGGGAUCUGACUUCGCAAAGUUGUAUCAGAACUUUCGAAGGUCAUAAAGCACAAGUUCAAAGUAUGAAGAUUUUGAUGGUUGAUAUGUCUGAAGAAGAGAUUACUGAGCGUGAUAGACAGCGAAGACAAAAUGGUAGACAAUAUACCCCUCCUCAGGGAUUCAUUACCGGUAAUCAAUAUGGUUCACCACCUCAUCAGUCUAUCGACAUAAAUGAUCUUGAUGCUCCUGAGGGAUUUGACCCGAUCGAACAUCGUGGCAGAUCCAGAGAUACUGCGAUCCAACCUAGAGUAUAUGUCCAUUCACCCGAGAAGAAAGACGAUAAGAGGGAGAGGGAAAGGGAGAGAUCGAGAGGUAGAGAGAAGAAAGCUAUUUUGGCUACUGGAUCGCUGGAUGGCACGGUCAAGAUUUGGGAUGUCGAUUCGGGUAAAGAACAAUCAACGUUGUUCGGUCAUAUUGAAGGUGUCUGGUCGGUCGAUAUAGACGCUUUGAGGAUGGUUUCUGCUUCUCAUGAUCGUACGAUCAAAGUAUGGGAUAGAGAAUCGGGACAAUGUGUUCAGACUUUGGUCGGACACCGAGGUGCAGUCACCUCACUGCAAUUGAGUGACGAUAUGAUCGUAUCUGGAUCAGACGACGGUGAUGUGAUGGUAUGGAAUUUCGCACCUAAUUCCAACAAUAACAAUAGUACUUCUACUCCAAAUCAACAAUCAGGUAAUAUCACACCUAUUCCAGAGUGA